GUUGGACGUGAGUCUACGGAGUGCCAUGUAAGGAAUGUACUAGUGGCUGUUACUUUCGCUGUCGAGCACAUAUGUGCGAGUGAAAGUGUGCUGCUGAAAAAAUAUCUCUGACAAGCCUGGUAUAAUGUAGACAUCAGCUCAUUCUGAAACUGAAGCUUCACGGUCAAGUUUAUGAAGACAUAAGGACCUAUUGUUAUGCGAACAGACUGUUUGAAAAGCACCAGGAUGACGUUUGCCCAUGGAAUUCGAUCUGUUCGUUUCACAGGAUUUUCAGUUGCGUUUAUGCUGUUAUCGACAUGCUCGUGCAGCGACCACCCACACAUUGAAGUUAUUGCUAUUGUUGGAGAAGCAGCAACUCUUCCCUGCAUGUGUCCUCCUGACUGGCCUCCGUUUCUGGUCUGGCAGAAGAACAUUGAUAAGGCACUCGUGGUUAAUUACUACAAAGAUGAUGACCAAGAAGACAUCCAAAUCGCACUCGAGUACAGGAACAGAACAGAGCUGAGACUGACAGGAAACUGUUCUCUUGUGAUUCAUAGUGUGUGUUUAUCAGACCAGGGACUGUACAUCUGUUACUAUAAGAAAAAUCCUUUAAGGCAUGAAAAAAUCUAUCUGGGGGUUACAGAACAAGGGAAAGUGUCAGAUGAACCUAAGCGUGUCCAGAGCACCACUGUGAUAUCUUCAGUCUGUGGGGUACUCAUCAUUUUGCUCAUCACAAUUGCUGCAGCAUAUAUAGGAAUUACUUGCAGAAAUAGACAUCAGAUCAGAAGUUCAUUCACUUCCGGAUGUUCAAAAGGUAUGGUGGAUUUGAGAUUCAGUAGAAGGACAUCGUCAGUGAGACGAAAUUAAGUGAAGAGGCCCACUUCAUGUGGCUAGACAGUGAUGUAAGCUUGAGUGGAUUUUCUGCAAAAUGCUGACAGGAGUUCUGGGUGCCGUAUUCACUGAUCCAGUGCAAUAAGGUCCACUGACCUAUGGUGCAGAAAGAUAUUUAAAAACUGCCCACCUGGGUAUGUUAGGAAUGGAAGGAGGGGGGUCUGUGGGUUUUAUUGAUUCAAAGAAUUUAAGGGCUACUGCUCGCUUGAUUGUUUUAUAAGUGAUUGGAGUUGAAUUUCAAAAUGAAUAGAUGCAUGAAUAUAUGCAUGUGUAAUGGUUUUAGUUUAUAGUUUGAAUCUAUAUUUGUAUACACAAUUAUAUUUUCUGUUUUCUUUCUUUGAAAUAAAAAAAAGGAUCACUGUUA